CACAAAAUUAUAUAUAUUUUUAAUAUAAACAGAAAACAAUUAGAUUGAGAUUCUCAUGACAAUAACCAAUGAAAUGACAAAAAAUGUGUCUCUUUAUAUCCCCAUAUAUAUCAACAAAUACAAAAGGAAUGAAUUAAUCAAAUGGUAAAUGAAAACAAAUUAUUAAAAAUUCAUAAAACACCCGCUAUUCUUCCCCUCUUUAGAUAAGCAUGGCGACAGCAAAAACCCCAACCGCAACAGAUCCGGCAAGGGAGAACCUGUUCAAAACGGCACCGUUGGGUGUAGGAGCUUCGACGGGCGAUCCCGAAGAUGUGGGAGAGGUGGCCGGAGAUUCAGGGGAAGACGAUGGGGGAGAAGGUGGAGAGUCUGUGACGGGAGAUUUAGAAGGAGCAGUCGAGGGUGGAGUGCCCGAAGGAGAAGGUGAAGCAGCUGGUGGAGUGCUCAAAGGAGAAGGAGCGGCGGCAGGUGGAGUGCUCAAAGGAGAAGGGGCAGAGGCAGGGGACUUGGCUGGGGAAGAUGCAGGGGAUUGUGCACUUGUUGAGGCCAACAAGAGGGCAGCCAUUAGCACUAAAACGACAGCGUUGGAUCGAGCCAUUGUAGAGAGAGUUGAAGAGAAAAUGAAGACAAAGAGAAAGUGAGGGGGUUUAAGAAGCAGAUUGAGAAGCG